AUGGGUCAGCCAACAUUGGCCCCAGCCUUUUCUCCGAAUCAAAUGGGGGCAUCUCUGGAUAAGGGACCGAUACUGAUUCCUGGCGACGAUUUGAAUGCCACCGGAGGGAAGCCCGAUGGUAUCACCAGUCAGGGGAAUGCUAUUGAUGGUGGUCGAUGCCAGCUUGGCGGCCAAGUCUGA